AUGGAUUACGAUCCAGCUCAACCUGUAAGCAGAGUUGGGAGUAUGCGGCAAACCAUAAGCCGUAGUAUGAGCAAAGCCAGUAGAAACUUCGAGGAGGUAUUCUCAACAAGCUCAAGACAAACAAAAUCAAUCAACGAAGACGAAGAAGCUCUCAAAUGGGCAGCCAUAGAGAAACUCCCUACAUACAACCGUCUCCGAACCAGUCUCAUGCCUGCACUUGGAGAAGAAGAUCUUUACGGUAACCAAAUCUUGAACAAGGAAGUAGAUGUCACCAAGCUAGACGGAGAAGGUCGUCAGAAGUUCAUAGACAUGGUCUUCAAAGUAGCAGAACAGGACAACGAACGGAUCUUGAGCAAGCUAAGGAACAGGAUCAACCGUGUUGGGAUCCAACUUCCGACAGUGGAAGUGAGGUACGAAAACUUAACUGUGAAAGCUGACUGUUACACUGGUGAUAGAUCUCUUCCUUCGCUUAUCAACUUCGUGAGGAACAUGGGAGAAGCUGCUCUAGGCAUGAUCGGUAUUCAUCUCGCCGAGAAAGCGCAGCUAACUAUCCUCAAAGAUGUUUCAGGGAUCAUUAAACCUUCAAGAAUGACACUCUUGUUGGGUCCUCCUUCUUCAGGGAAGACCACGCUUUUGUUGGCUCUUGCCGGUAAACUCGACAAAUCUCUUGACAUUUCUGGUGAUGUAACAUAUAAUGGUUACCGUCUCAACGAGUUUGUUCCUAUCAAAACCUCUGCUUACAUUAGCCAAAACGAUCUUCAUGUCGGUAUCAUGACCGUUAAGGAGACUCUUGAUUUCUCUGCUCGGUGUCAAGGCGUUGGUACUCGUUACGAUCUUCUACAUGAGCUUGCAAGGAGAGAAAAGGACGCUGGGAUUUUUCCGGAAGCUGAAGUUGAUUUGUUCAUGAAGGCCUCUGCUGCUCAAGGCGUCAAGAGUAGUCUCAUCACUGAUUACACUCUCAAAAUUCUAGGGCUUGACAUUUGCAAGGACACUAUAGUUGGAGAUGACAUGAUGAGAGGUAUUUCAGGAGGUCAGAAAAAGCGUGUGACAACUGGUGAAAUGAUCGUCGGACCAACUAAGACUCUGUUCAUGGAUGAGAUAUCCACCGGACUUGACAGCUCCACUACUUUCCAAAUCGUGAAAUGCCUGCAACAAAUAGUUCACCUCACGGAAGCCACUGUCCUCAUAUCUCUUCUUCAGCCAGCUCCUGAGACUUUUGACCUAUUCGACGAUAUAAUCCUAUUGUCGGAAGGUCAGAUUGUGUACCAAGGACCUAGAGACAACAUUCUAGAGUUCUUUGAGAGCUUUGGCUUCAAGUGCCCUGAAAGAAAAGGAACAGCUGAUUUCUUGCAAGAGGUUACCUCUAAGAAAGAUCAAGAGCAGUAUUGGGUGGAUCAAAGAAACCCUUAUAGAUACAUUCCAGUGUCAGAGUUUGCAAGUAGAUUCAAGAAAUUCCAUGUUGGAGCACAGCUUUCGAACGAGCUAUCAGUACCGUACGACAAGUCUAAAUGCCACAAAGCAGCUCUAGUAUUCGACAAGUACUCAAUAAGGAAAUCAGAGCUUCUCAAAAGCUGUUGGGACAAAGAGUGGAUGCUCAUGAAACGAAACUCUUUCUUCUAUGUAUUCAAAACCGUCCAAAUCAUCAUCAUCGCCUUGAUCACGUCUACUCUGUUCCUAAGAACAGAAAUGAAAACAAGGAACGAGAUUGACGCAAAUGUUUACGUCGGUGCAAUGCUGUUUGCAAUGAUUAUCAACAUGUUUAACGGUCUUGCGGAGAUGGCCAUGACGAUACAGAGACUUCCCGUGUUCUACAAGCAAAGGGAUCUUCUGUUUCAUCCACCAUGGACAUACACUCUUCCCACUUUCUUGCUAGGUAUUCCAAUCUCAAUCUUCGAGUCUUCGGCAUGGAUGGUUGUGACAUAUUACUCCAUAGGAUUCGCACCCGAUGCGGAACGGUUCUUUAAACAGUUCUUGGUCGUCUUUUUUAUCCAACAAAUGGCUGCUGGGAUAUUCAGGUUCAUUGCAUCUACUUGUAGAACCAUGACCAUAGCUAACACUGGUGGUGUGGUCGUUAUACUAGUCGUGUUCUUGACCGGAGGGUUCCUUCUUCCUCAUAGAGAGAUACCGGUUUGGUGGAGAUGGGCUUAUUGGAUAUCUCCUCUUUCAUAUGCUUUCAAUGCCAUAAGUGUCAAUGAAUUGUCUGCUUCUAGAUGGAUGGAUAAAAGGUCUUCUGAUAACUCAACGAGUCUGGGAACAAGGGUGCUUAACAUGUGGGAUGUAUUUGAUGAUGAGAAUUGGUAUUGGAUAGGAAUUGGAGGCUUGCUUGGUUUUACUAUCCUCUUCAAUGGUCUUUUCACACUCGCACUUGCUUAUCUAGACCCACUUGGGAAGCCACAAGCCGUGAUUCCGAAAGAAGAAGACGAAGAGAAAGAACAAGCAAACAAACCUAUUACUAGCGGAAAUGGAUCCAAUAGAGAGAUUCCAAUGGAGAGUAUAAGCACCAAGAAAGGAAUGGUUCUUCCUUUCACUCCUCUAGCUUUGUCCUUUGACGAUGUUAAAUACUUUGUUGACAUGCCUUCGGAAAUGAGAGACCAAGGAGUUUCAGAAACAAGGUUGCAACUUCUAAAAGGAAUAACAAGCGCGUUUAGGCCAGGAGUUUUGACAGCAUUGAUGGGAGUGAGCGGCGCGGGGAAGACAACUUUGAUGGAUGUUUUGGCUGGAAGAAAAACCGGUGGAUACAUAGAAGGAGAUGUUAGAGUAUCUGGAUUCCCAAAGAAACAAGAAACAUUCGCUAGAAUCUCUGGUUACUGUGAACAAACAGAUAUUCACUCACCACAAGUUACAGUAAGAGAGUCACUUAUUUUCUCCGCUUUUCUUCGCCUUGCGAAAGAAGUAAGCAAAGAGGAAAAAAUGAUGUUUGUGGAUCAAGUUAUGGAACUGGUUGAGUUGGUGAAUCUAAAAGACUCAAUCGUUGGUUUACCGGGAGUCACGGGGCUUUCCACGGAACAGAGAAAAAGAUUAACAAUCGCGGUUGAGCUUGUAGCUAACCCUUCAAUCAUUUUUAUGGACGAGCCUACUUCAGGGUUGGAUGCUAGAGCAGCUGCUAUUGUGAUGAGGGCGGUAAGAAACACAGUGGACACAGGGAGGACUGUGGUCUGUACCAUCCACCAACCGAGUAUCGAUAUCUUUGAGGCGUUUGAUGAAUUACUACUAAUGAAGAGAGGAGGUCAAGUGAUCUACUCUGGUCCUUUAGGUCGAAACUCACACAAAGUUGUUGAGUACUUUGAAGCCAUUCCUGGAGUGCCAAAGAUUCCGGAAAAAUACAACCCGGCCACUUGGAUGCUGGAAGCCAGCUCCCUUGCGGCCGAGUUGAAACUUGGAGUUGAUUUUGCUGAGCUAUACAAGUCUUCCUCUUUAUACCAGCGGAAUAAGGCGUUGGUACAAGAACUAAGCGUGCCACCGCAAGGAGUGAGUGAUCUCUACUUUGCGACGCAGUUUUCACAGAACACAUGGGGACAAUUCAAAUCAUGUCUAUGGAAACAAUGGUGGACUUAUUGGAGAUCUCCUGACUAUAACGCUGUCAGAGUCAUUUUCACAUUAGUAACAGCUCUUAUGGUCGGUUCUGUUUUCUGGCAAAUCGGAGGUAAGAGAUCAAACAUACAAGAUUUGACUAUGGUGAUUGGAGCAAUCUAUGCAGCAAGUGUAUUCGUUGGAGUAAACAACUGUUCCACUGUACAACCAAUGGUUGUAGUGGAAAGAACAGUCUUCUACAGAGAAAAAGCAGCUGGCAUGUACUCAGCUAUACCUUACGCAAUCUCUCAAGUUGCUUGUGAGCUACCUUAUGUCUUGGCUCAGACCACAUACUACUCGCUUAUCGUCUACGCAAUGGUCGGGUUCGAGUGGAAAGCAUCCAAGUUCCUGUGGUUUAUCUUCAUCAAUUACUUCUCUUUCCUCUACUGGACUUACUAUGGCAUGAUGACUGUCUCACUCACACCUAACCAGCAAGUUGCUUCUAUCUUUGCAUCAGCUUUCUAUGGUAUUUUUAAUCUUUUUUCGGGUUUCUUCAUUCCUAGACCCAAAAUUCCCAAGUGGUGGGUUUGGUACUAUUGGAUUUGCCCUGUUGCUUGGACCAUAUAUGGCUUGAUCACAUCUCAAUACGGUGACGUUGAGACUCCUAUCUUUGGUGGUGCUCCUGGACUCACUGUGAAACAGUACAUUAAAGACCAAUAUGGUUUUGAGUCAGAUUUCAUGGGCCCUGUUGCAGCUGUUCUUGUUGGCUUCACUGUCUUCUUUGCAUUCAUCUUUGCCUUUUGCAUCAGGACUCUCAACUUCCAGACUAGAUAA